AUGCCGCGCCACCACCAUAUCCUCCGCCGUAACCACAACCACCCCGACACGUCCUCGCCAUCGGACCUUCAAUAUCAACAGCAACAGCAACAGCAACCACCUCCAGCACCCCAACGUAUCAGCCGCGCCCGCCUCGGUCAGAGCCACCAUGAAACUCCCACCUCCCAGUUCCAGACUCCCCCCUCGCGCGGCUUUCCCAUCCCUCGGCUUCACCCAUCCUCGGGACCCAUAGACGACCCGACCCACCCACUGCAUAGUCACCAGCAAGCCCAACAAGCGCAGCAGCAGCGCCAACAACACCCUGCCGCCGCCGCCGCACAAGUCGCAUUGUUCUCUUUAUUUGGACGCGGGGUUCAUGGCCGGGGCCACGGGGAUCCACGCCAUCGACACCCGCCGCAUGAUCGGAUGGAACAGGACGAGGAGGAGGAAGAAGACGAGGAAGAGGACGAAGAUAUUGAUGAUUCAAUGCAGCAGCAUCGGUAUCCCUCGUCUCACCGUCAUCUCCGUCAUCGCCAUCAUCAUGGUGUAGGCGAGACCGGCCAUGAUUCGGAGGGAGAAGUGGACGAAGACGACGAGAGAUUAGGUCUUCAUGCCGCGCAUGACGGAGGGGAAUUAGAGGCUGAAGAGGAGGAAGAAGUGCUUGAAGAGGAAGAGGAAGAAGAAGAAGAAGAGGAUGAUGAUGAUAUGCUCGCAGAUCCAGAUGCUGAUGAUGGUGAUGAGGAGAUUUUAGGCGAGAGAGAUAAAUCCCCCACCCCUCUCCCCGCCAACCUCCGCGAGAUCUCCUCCCUCGCCUCGUGGACCGUCUCCACCCACAAACCGGGCUGCGGCGUCAGCGCCCUCCGACACCCGUCUCCAACCCAGUACUGGCAGUCCGACGGCCCGCAACCCCAUACCCUGACCCUGCACUUCUUCAAGCUCGUCGCCGUGGUGCGCAUCCGCGUGUACCUGGAUUUUGAGAUGGAUGAGAGUUAUACCCCGACCAAGAUGGUAUUUCUGGCCGGGAUGGGGGGGAAUGAUCUCGUGGAGUUCGCGACGUGGGAGGGUGAGGGUCCCUGCGGGUGGGUGGAUGUGGAGUUGGAAGGGGUCGGCGGGAGGAAUACUGUGCGUUCGUUUGGGGAGGUCCAGGGUGGAGCUAGUAGGACGAGGAGGAGGAAGCUUCAGGGGGUGAGAGGGAACCGGAAGGGGAUGGGGGCCAGUGGGAGGAGAGGGGCUACGAGUUAUGUAGGUAAGGGGAAGGCGAAAGGGAAAGGGAGGGAUGUGGGCCACGGGGACGAGGAUGAUGUGAUGAUGGAUCAGGAUGACACGGAGGAGAGUCUAUAUGAAGAUGCGAGGGCUUAUAGGUACGAGGAAGAGGAGGAGGACGAUGAUGAGGAAGAUGACGACGACGAGAACGAUCCGUACGCAGGGAACGUGCUCAAGGCCAUGGUCAUUCAGAUGAAGGUGACUGAGAAUCAUCAGAAUGGCAAGGAUACCCAUGUCCGUGGCUUCCAGGUCUUUGCACGCGAUGACGAGCGCAAGAGGUUGGCCAAUGCCCCGUCGGCGUCGGCGGAUGGUAGAGUGCGACGACACAGUGCGCGUCGCUCAUUGCGGGGGAGCACGCAUGAUGAGAUGGCCGAGGGAGCCGGUGGUGGAGGACGGGAACAUGCAGUUGCCGAAGCUGAGCGCGCUGUGACAGGAGUGGUGGCCAGUCUGGAGGAGCCGGAUUGGAUGGGCGAGCCGGUCAUUAGGUAG